AUGGGGAUGUAUGGAGCCAAAACCCCCAAGCGCCAUAUCGCUUGGAGUAACAGCCCGGAUGUGGGGAGGCUGGACCUUGGAAAGCUCGUGUGGAACUUCCAGGACCCUCAGUACAUUGCCAACCGCACGUCUAACACCAAAGUGAACAAAGACGGAAAGAAGCAGUUUCAGGGCCGGAAGAAGGAACUCAAAGACAGCCAGCAUUAUCCAUUUCGAUUCGGGCUCCGAGUGCUGAGACUCUUGCCUCGUUUGCAGUCCAGUGGCUGCAAAAGUCUGCCUCCCAUGCCUGACGGAUUUGACCCUUUGGCUUGCUACAGAAGCCAGACCUUCCAUGACCUUUGGCAGGAUUCUAAUGUGAUAGAGGUCCUGACAUAUCUUCGAGGGAACUGUCAUCUUCACAUCCCUCCAGAUUGGAGAGAUCACCUACUCGGCUAG